UUGAACUUUAGCAGCUGCAUUUGUUUUAGGUGGUCCUGACUUUUACACCUGCUCAAGAUCAAUUUAUGAGUCCUCUCUAAGCCUAGCUUCGGGAUCAAUGAUUAGCAAUAAGUCCUAUCUUACCCUGGCUUUAUUUUUUUUUAAAUGGUAAAAGCUGUCAUUGACCGGUGCAGUAGCAGCACUCACCACCAGAGGGCAGCGAACAUCACAGUCAGCUGUGUUCAGGUUUGACCAGCAGGGUGGAAAUGUUUGGAUCCAUCUCCCUCUCUCUCUCCUCUCUCGACCACCCCCCACUUUCCUCCAGCUGCUCUUCUCAUCACUGAGUCUGGACUCAGCAGCUCAGAAGCUGCAGAUGCCCACCAACACCUGUCUCGUCUGUUCACCUGUCUGUCCUUCAGCUGCGACAUGAAGAAGAGGCAAAGAUUCUGGUUUCUGCUCUGGAUGUGUGUUUGCUGUGUUGGUCCGACGUGUUGCUGGCACGACCUGGACAACAGCGAGUACGACUGCUGGCCUCUGGACAAACCCAAUGAAUACAACAUGAUCGACUGUGGAGGUCUGGAGAUGGCCUGGGUGGUCCGUCCUCCAGAGACAGUGAAGGUCGGUGAAGUGUUCAGUGUCACGUACUCGGUAACUGCUCAGGAUGCUUUCUACCACUGGGCCAUUGAAAAACACAUCUUCACAAACAGCUCCAUAGUAAACGCUGAAGCAGCUCGGAGAUUUUGUGAACAUCACGACUGUCCCGCCAACUGGAAAGAUGCUGACGGAGAAAACUGCUGCAUUCAUCACGCUAACAUCCACUCGUGUCCAAUGGUACACAUGACAUCAGAGAGCAUCUGUGGUCCCUGGAUUCCUGACGACGGAAAAAUAUUUACUCACACUAUCUCAACCUCUGGCAAGAUGACACAGAUCAACUGGACUGCCAAGGUGGUUCUGAUCCAUCCUGGCUUAACCUCGCUCAUCGCUCACAUACGAGUCGGUCGCAUGCAGGUUGCUCUUGAGGCCAAAAGCACCGUGCAUCCUGCUGUAGUAUGUGGUGAUGAUGUCUGUGAGGAGGCAGAGCUUUGUUCCACCUGUCCAGCCGACUGUGGUGAAUGCCCUAUGACCCCGGCUACCAAGAUGGCCAUCAGCCUGCCACUGAGCCUGCUCUGCCUCUGCUUCAUACUGUCUGCUUUGUGGCUGAGGUACCACAAACAAAAGCUGUUGUGGGACGAGAGCUGGAUCAUCGACUUCACUACAAUAAAACAAGAUCAGGAAGCUCAUAUGACCAUGGGCAGUCUAAUGAGCGCACCAGUGGGGAACAGCGACAGUAACACCAGCUGCAUGACUGCUCUCAGCUCCUAUAUACAACCAGGGACCCGAAAAACAAUGUUCACCUGCACUGGGAUAUACGAUGGUAGGACGGUGGCCAUCAAGAUGAUUCAAACAAAGACUUUCUCUCUGUCCAAAACCAUAAGACAGGAGGUCAAACAAGUCAGGGAGCUCGAUCACCCCAACCUGUGUAAGUUUAUUGGCGGGUGUGUUGAGGUGCCUAAUGUUGCCAUAGUGACAGAGUACUGCCCAAAAGGAAGCAUAAACGAUGUUCUUCUUAACGAGGAGAUCCCGCUUAACUGGGGCUUCAGGUUUUCCUUUGCUACAGACAUCGCCAGAGGGAUGUCAUACCUCCACCAACACAAGAUCUGUCACGGCCGACUCAAGUCUCUAAACUGUGUCUUAGACGACCGCUGGGUCUGCAAAAUAACAGAUUACGGGCUAAGGACGUAUCGCAGGGACGAUGGGGCGACUCCUCUUUCCUCCUAUCAGCAGAGAUUGUUGGAGGUGUACAUGCCGCCCGAGUUUCAGAACUCCAACAUGGAGCCAACUCUGGCUGGAGACGUGUUCAGUUAUGCUAUCAUUCUGCUGGAGAUCGCCACUCGCAGCGACCCCGUCCCAGCAGAGGAGUCUAAUCUGGAGAGUGCCUGGUGUCCUCCCCUGCCAGAGUUGAUUUCCAGUAAAGCCGACAACACCUGUCCCUGUCCUGCUGACUACGUAGAGCUGAUCCGGAGAUGCCGCUCCAAUAAUCCCGCCCACCGACCCACAUUUGAACAAAUCAAGAAGUUUGUUCACCGAAUCAACCCGAUCAAAGUCAGCCCAGUGGACAUGAUGAUGAACCUGAUGGAGAAGUACAGUAAACAUCUGGAGGUGUUGGUGGCCGAGCGGACUCAGGAUCUAAUGCACGAGAAACAGAGGACUGACAGGCUGCUAUACAGUAUGCUUCCUAAACAGGUAGCUGAUGACCUGCGGCAGGGGAAACCACUGCAGGCCCAGAGCUACGUCAGCGCCACCGUCUUCUUCAGUGAUAUUGUGGGCUUCACACAGCUGUCCAGCAGCAGCACACCUUACCAGGUCGUGGACCUCCUCAACAAACUCUAUACGACGUUUGACGACAUCAUCGACAACUACGACGUCUACAAGGUGGAAACCAUCGGAGACGCCUACAUGGUGGUGUCCGGUGUUCCCAAGGAGAACGGGAUCCUCCACGCCUCCGAGAUCGCCAGCAUGGCUCUGGACCUGGUGGGCGUCUGUCGCACCUUCAGGAUCCCCCACAAGCCGAACACACAGCUGCAGAUACGAGCGGGGAUACACUCCGGUCCAGUGGUGGCGGGGGUUGUAGGGACGAAGAUGCCUCGUUACUGUCUUUUUGGAGACACAGUCAACACAGCAUCCAGGAUGGAGUCCACCAGUCUGGCGCUGAAGAUCCAGUGCAGCUCCAGUGUGUUUUACCUGCUGGAGGAGAUCGGCGGCUACGUGCUGGAGUGCAGAGGGAUGCUGCAGGUCAAGGGGAAAGGGGACAUGGUGACUUACUGGUUGGAGGGGAAGAAGACGUCUCUGGCCUCCAAGGACGUCGGCGCCGACUCCAAGACGACCAAACACAUCCUCAUGGAGGCAGAGACGGAGACGGAGAAAGAGCAGGAGUUGUACUCCUCCAUACCGGGGUGUCUGAACAACGAUCUCCUCCUGGAUCCAGCCUGACCCCCAAAGAGUUUAUCAUUUGAUGUGAUUUCCUCAGUUGUCGUCAGUGUUUGUUGACUGUUAGUGUUACAUGUACGCAGCGUGUGGCUGUUUUAAUGUCAUUGAUCCCUGCAGCUUAAAUAUCGUAACUGGCAGGAAAAGUCAUUAUGCUAACAAAACUAGUUACUCUGUACGUCUUGAUAAUCACUGUCACACCUUAAAUUCUUUGACGCAGGCUGAUCUCAAAGACAGGCUUUUAUUUCUGGUCUCACAUUUUUAAGAAUAUUUGAUCAAAUUUUAGUAGGACUGGCCAUCGAGAACCGGUUCCAACUUUCAAAAAUCACGAUUCCAGCGGAAUCGUUUGGAAAAUUUGGUUUCGAAUCUGAUCUUUAGUUCCAAAUUUAACAUGCAAGUUUUGGUUUCCGUAGCAGCCACCAUACUUCCAGGCAAAGCUCAGGUCUGCACAGAACAAAACAUGACACACUUACUUCUUGCACGGGAGGAUGCACUAUGAAUAUAAUAUCUACGCCUGCAUGAUGUACAAAUCAACAAGAAGUGUUUGUCGCGCUGCUCCGGUCUCACUGUCCUGUCUCGUCCUCCUCAGACAACCCUGAACUAACAAGAAUUUCGUCACAAGUGAAAUUGUAGUGAUGCAAGUUGCUUGACCAAAUUGCUAAAAUUAUGGCGAACAACGUUACUGUAAUGUGUUUUAUUUUUCUAGAUAAAAGUACGCAAAUUUCUAAGACCUACCACUGCUAAUGUUAAACCGGAGACUCGGCGUGAAACUCCGUUCACCUUAGCCCAGAACCUGAGUUGAAAAUUUAUAAGAACCGCAAUCGAAAGGAAGAAUCACAAUCAUUGAAAUCAAAACGAUGCCCAACACUACAUUUUUGUAAGAAGCCCGCACUGUUUUGCGAUGUGACAGCCAGAGCCACUCACAGAAUCGUGAUAUUAAUCGGGCUGUGACGACACAACAAGACUAUUAUUUUAACACUAUUUUAAGCAAUCUUGAACGAUGAAUAUAUGACUGGUAAAAAAUUUAAUUUACCCGACUGAAAGUCACAUAAUGCAAAACAAUGCAGGUGCAUUUUGAAGUUACUUAAAUAUUGUAUGCGUUUUGUCUGUCCCCGUUCAUUGUUUCCACCGGGUUCCCAAAACGCUGCCACACAAACCAUUUAAAAGUGCAUCUUCUAUGCUAAUUUCACCCUCACACUCCUUCACGCUGAUAAUGUGAGACUUGCUUUUUAACUCGUUGAGAAAUAUCGACUAGCCGAGCAGCUACGAGACUUUUAAACUCAAACUCAUCCUCAGCACUGCUCCAUUGGAUUUACUUUAUUUCUGUUUACCAUUUUAUGA